AUGGAGGGCAUCGGUGCGGAAAUUGCAAAGAAUGAGGUCCAAAGUUUAGUAAAUUUUGUCAAAGGCGAAGUUCGAUAUUUAUGUUGUUUUCACAAUUAUGCUGCAACAUUUGAUAAGAAAAAGGAAGAACUAAAAGCAAAGCUCCUAGAUGUAAAUAGAAUUAUAGAAAAAGCCAGAGGUGUUUCUAGGGUUACAGAUGAAGCACUACAAUGGACACGGGAAGCUGGAAGUCUCAUUGAGUGUGACACUAGAAAAGAGAAAUGCUUUAAUGAUAAGUGUCUUAAUUGCUGGCAACAAUAUCGGAAAGGCAAAGACAUGGAGGAGAAGACACAACAGAUUGACAGACUUUUGAAAAGAUGUAACUUUAACAUAGUGGCAGGGGCAGCUGAUUUUCCUAGCAUAAAAUACCAAUCUUCACAGGAUUUCAUGCAUUUUGAGAGCAGAAAGUCACAGUUUCAAGAUCUAAAAAAGGCACUAGAAGAUGAAAAUUGCAAUAUGAUCGGAUUGCAUGGCACUGGGGGAACAGGCAAAACCUCAAUGGCAUUACAAGUGGCUGCUGAACUCGGAGGAUCCAAAUUUGACAAAGUCAUCUUUCUUGUUGUCUCUCAGCUUCUAGAUUUCAAAAAGAUUCAACAUGAUUUGGCAAAAGAUCUUGAUUUGGAAUUAAAGGAAGGAAAGGAAGAAGAACAUGCAAAGAAAAUAUGGUCCAAAAUCACUAAUAUGAAAGAGAGGCUUCUUAUAAUCCUAGAUGAUGUAUGGGAAGAGCUUGAUCUUAUACAAAAGUUGGGAAUCCCAUCUAGUCACCAACACAUGGAUUGCAGUGUAUUAAUAACCACACGUAAUCCACAUGUUUGUUCAUUAAUGAAGUGCCAAAAAUUGAUUCAAGUUCAGAUAUUGACUGACAAUGAUGCAUUGGAUCUUUUCCUAGCACAGGCUAGCAUUAAUGGUUCCUCUAGUGGUUUGAGGGUUGUGGCAGAAAAAAUUGUGGAGAAAUGUGGAGGAGUACCAGUUGCAAUUGUAGCAAUAGCAAGAGCAUUAAAAAAUCGGCCUUUAUUUGCUUGGACAGAUGCUUUGAAAGCUUUGGAAUCCAAUGAUAUUAAGCAAGGUUUGACAGAGGCUUAUAAAUGCCUGAAAUUGAGCUAUGAUUACUUGAAAAAUGAAAAAGCCAAAGAAAUAUUUGUCAUAUCUUCUUUGUUCCCAGAAGAUUUUCAAAUUUCUAUACAAAUUUUAAGCAAAUUUGCUAUAGGAUUAGGCCUUUUUGGAGAGGUGGACAGGUACCAUUCAGUAAGAAGCAAAGUGGGUGAAGCCAUACUAGAAGUGAUCGAUUCUUCUUUAUUGUUGACUGACAAUGAAGAAUGCAUGAAGAUGCAUGAUUUGGUUCGUGAAGUAGCUUUAUGGAUAAGAGAGAAAGAUACUCAAUGGAUCAUGGAUCUUAAAAAGCCUAUAAAACAGAACUUGCGGUAUUUGGUUUGGAAGAAUGAUGGUUUUCCUGGUAAAUUCGAUGGAAAGAACCUAGAAAUUUUAAUGAUAUUUCUAGGUGGUUCAAAGAAUUUGGAAGUACCUGAUACAUUUUUUGUAGAGAUGAUGAGGCUGAAAGUUUUGUAUUUAGCAAGUGAUGAACAAAUUUCAGUUCCAACACUAAUAUAUUCAUUUCGAUCAUUAAAGGAUGUUCGGACUCUCAACCUAUUGAAUUUGAAAUUAGGCGACAUCUCCUUGCUAGGAAACUUACAUAGGCUUGAGAGUCUUUGGUUAUUUGAUUGUUCAAUCAUUGAGCUACCAAAAGAAAUUUUAAACCUAAACAAGUUGAGGUUGUUGGAGGUAGAUAAAUGUGAAAUUGAAAAGAACAAUCCUUUUGAAGUGAUUGGAAAAUGCUCCCAACUGGAAGAAUUGAGCUUUGUAGGAAAUCAGGUUGACAUAAAAGAAGCAUGUGUUGUUUUUGAAAAUUUAUCUCCUUCUACGUUACAUAGAUAUAAAAUAUCUUGGUGGAAUCUUGAAAGGAUUCGGGGAAUAGAAAAGUAUGGUUUCAUAUCAAGAUGGUUUUACCCAUGUGAUUGGCGGAAUCUAAUUUCAGAGGCAACAUUCAAGCAAUUUGUACGAACUGCCGAGCUUCUUAUAUUAGGAGGGUGUAAAGAAACAAGAUGGAAGAAUCUUGUCCCUGAUAUUGUUCCAGUGGAAGAAGGAGGCAUGAAUGAUUUAAUUGUUCUUCGUUUGUAUUCUUGGCCUGACAUGCAGUGCCUCAUUGACAGUAAGAAUCAUGAAACUAAUGUGACUACUUUCUCCAAGUUAGUUGAACUAAAUCUCAAAGAGAUGGAUGUUGAAGAUUUAUAUCGAGGUUCUUUGCCGUCUGGCUUUCUAGAGCAAUUAGAGACUAUGAGGUUGACGAAGUGCCAAAAAUUGAGAAAUAUAUCAUUUGAUGGCAAGUUGAGCCUGUGUCAUCUUAAGGUCAUGGAAUUGAAUGCUUGUCCAAAAUUGACAUCAAUUUUUCAAUCAUUCACCGCUCAGAGUCUCACGCAAUUGGAAACACUAAGUAUUGAGAAUUGUGAUUCCCUAGAACACAUCAUAGCAUAUAAGAGCUCGGAAGGAGAAAUAGCGGGUGGUGAUAAUGAAGAGAAGAGUUAUGAGUCAUUGUUCCCAAAAUUAAGAACUCUUCAAAUUAAACGAUGUGGAAGAUUACGAAUGAUCUUGCUAGUUCUUUUCGGCGGAGCUCUUGCAUCCUUGGAAGAGAUAACGAUAAGUGACUGUGAGCAGCUGAGUUAUAUAUUUGAUAAGUUCCAAAAUGGAGACCAUACUAUGCUGCCCUCACUAAAGAAAAUGGAACUUUCUCAAGUACCAAGUUUCAUCAGCAUUUUUCGAGAAUAUCACAAAUCCGUGUCUUUGUCAAUGCAAAAGCCAUCACCUCCAAUUUUGAGAACAAAGACAUCUGCAUUCUCUUGGGCUCCAAUGUGUUGUUUUGGGCAUAAAUCGAGUGAAGAGACCAACGUCGCCGUGUGUAAGGACAGAGUUCCGAACGACGCAACACAACAGGGAUCAUCAUUUACAUCCAAGACAUGGUUUGAAACUUCUGGAAUCAUUCUGAGACAACUAUAUUUCAAUGUCGGUCAUAUCAAGAAGUUGAAAUUGGCACAAGUGUCUUUAAAUUCGGUAUCAUUAUUUACUUUAUCCAUGGCCUCGUUGAUAUUGUGGGAAGAGCUCACAGUUAAAGGAUGUGAUGGAUUGAAGAACUUGAUAACAAUGGAGGAAGAUGAUUAUAAUGAUAAGAUGAUGAUGAGUUGCCACUCUGUUUUUCCGAAGUUAGAGAAACUAGAAAUCUUGGAGUGCAAGGACUUGCAAUUUUUAUUUCCAUCUUCAAUAUCUAUAGGACUUCAAAAUUUGAAGUCAUUGAUGGUCCAGAAUGCUCUUGAGUUAAAAUAUGUUGUUGGAAAAUACCAUCAUGUGGAUCAUCAAUCAAAUCAAAAUCAUAACGUUGAGCUUCACUUUGAUCUCCCGAAUUUAGUGUCACUCUGCCUUGAAGAUGUACCAAUGCUUAUCAGCAUUUUUGCAAUGAAUUAUAACUUGGCAUGGCCUUCUCUAGAGGAUGCUACUUUGGAGAAUCAGAACGCUGAAUCUUUUACUGAUGAUUUGCUGGUUUGCCUAGAAGGACAACCAAACAAGAAAACCAUCAAGGAAUUAGAUACAUCUAAAAAUGUGAUGCCUCCUAUUCGAGCAACUCGGUGCCUUUCAAUACAAUCAUUGAAUAAUAUUAAAAAGAUGACUCUCUUGAAUUUUUCCAACUCAAAGACAUUGUUAACGCUACCAAUGGCCGCCAUGGUUCUGUGGGAAGAUUUGACAAUUGAAAGAUGUGAGCAACUAAAGUACAUUGUGGCGGAUGAGGGAGAAGUUGGAGCUCUCAUGAAUCACAGAUCCAUCUUUCCAAAGUUGAAAGUGUUAAGGGUUUCAAAUUGUGAUGCACUGGAAUAUCUAUUUCCAGCAUAUGCAUUCAGAUCACCCUCACAUCUGAAAUCUCUAUCUAUUUGGAAUGCUUCUGAGUUGAAAUAUGUGUUUGGAACAAGCCAUCAUGAGAAUCAAAAUAUCCAAACUUACAUUGAUUUCCCUGUUCUGAAAUGGUUAAAUUUUGAAUCCCUACCAAGGCUCGUGAGCAUUUAUCCAAAAAAUUAUUACUUGAGAGGCCUAUCUUCUCUAAAAUCAUUUUAUUUGGAAGUGGCUCCAGAGUUUAAUAUUACAUCUUUUACUGAUUUCACGGUUCAUGCACUUGGAGGACAACAGGAUUCCACCCCUGCACAGGCAGCGCAGAUGCUCUUGCAAUCUGUAGAGAUGAUUGUAUUUCGUGAAUCUAAAAUAGAGGAGAUUUUCAAUUUAAUACAUAUGGACACAGGGGAAAAAGGGGAAGGACGUGAACCACUGACAUCAACCUUAGAUUGGUUGGUGUUGGAAAGUUUAAGUGAGUUGAAGAAUAUAUGUGUGGGUCCCAAAUAUAUGCUUAGCCUCAACAACAUUUCAGAAUUGGACAUCAAAGGAUGCAACAAGCUUAAAGUUAUCUUCUCGAACUCUAUACUGAAGAGCCUACCGAACUUGGAGGGGCUGACGAUAUCAUCAUGCAAGGAGUUAACUCACAUCAUUGAGGAAAAUGCUGAUGAUGAUCAUUUGUGUCGUGAACCAUGCUUUCCAACCCUAUCUGAUCUGACGGUUGAAGGUUGUGACAAGUUGAGAUACUUGUUCUCAAUCACAGUUUCUGGUAUCCUUCCAGAUUUACAAGUUUUGAGUAUAAAAGAAUCUUCCAACCUUGAGCAUAUAUUGAUCAGACAAGAUGAGACAAAAGAGAUGGGGAUGAUGGAAGUGCUUCCCAAAAUUAAAUAUCUAACCCUUGAAAAGCUUCCAAGCCUCGUCAGUAUCUGUAAUGAAGUUGAUUUUCGAAAUCUGGAAGAAUCCUCUGAAGUGAAUGAUUGUCCUCGAUUUUCUUUCUACGAAACUACAACUCCUCCUCAGGUUCCAGAACAGCUUUCCUCGCAUGUAAAUAUGGGAGACGUCAAAGAGAAACGAGGCUUGGAAGCAGAACAAUCCCCAACUAUUUCACCAGAGGAUGAGUUGGUUGGAAGAAAAUUGAUGAAAAAUAAAGAAAUAAUUAAGAAUCCACAACAAUCAAUAGUUGGUGCACCAGACAUCACAAAGAAUGAAGAAUUCGUUGGCAAAGGAAUGAAAAAUGGAAAAACUAUGAUGGAUCCACAACAACCCACAAAUGGCACAUCAAAAUCGACAAAGAUUGUUGAAUCAAAACCUGAAGAAUGUAUUUCAACAGAGACCAUACGUCCAAGCUCCCUAACUUCUAAAACGCAGAAGGUACCUGUUCCUAUGAGUCCAAGAUUCGAUGUCCUUUCGGUUGGAGGCAUCACCAGCAAAAAUAUUGAAAUUUUUGAAGAGGAAGAGGAAGAGGAAGGUGGCUUAAUAGCUACCAGGAGACAGAGAAGUAGAAUGAAGGCAGAGGAUUCUUCGUCAAGAAAAGAGCACGAGACUUCUCUUCAUGGUGAACCUUCUGUGCCACCCUUACCAGCAAGUCCCAGGCAAAUUCCUUCAUCUACUCCUUCCAUGUCCACUUAUGGGAUUGAACCUUCUUUUUAUGACGCCAACAAUGCUUUGAGUGUUCCUGGGGUGAAAGAGAUAGUUGAUAUGAUGAAACUAGAGGGUGCUGAGAGUUCCAUGCUGGCAGAGGCAUUCAAAAGUCACCCACACCUACACCUUUCUUCAGAGUACCGAAGCACUGAGUUGUUGUGCUUCUCUUACAGGGUUCUGCUAAAUAUCUUGAACAUUUUGGCAACCAGGAACCCCUUCACUAUCACUGAGGCAGACAACAGAUUGUUGGCAAAAUAUCUAAAUGAUGCUUCUGUUCUAGGCUUUGACAAAGAUUGGCUUCAGUCUGUCAGAAUCAAGGUUUUCAGUUACGAUGGAUCUGAAGUUCAGCCCAUGCAACAAGUUCUAAAGGAUCUGGGCAAUAAGCUCCAGAGAAAAAAGGCAGAACUUGCAAAAGUUGCACAAUUAGCAGAAAUGGCUCAGAAAGAGUUAGAGGCAGCUCAAUCCCAUUUUGACAUUGCACAGCAAGAGCAUGCAAAUACUAGGGAACUUCAUUCUCAACUUCUCCAGGAAUGCCAAGAAAUUCUGGAACAACGAGAUCAAUGUUGGGAAACAAUUGCUGCAAAAUAUAGGCCUUUUGGAUUUUAG